GGAGGAUACAGAGAGAAAGAAAGAGACGAGAGAGGAUGACAUGAUGAGAUGAGAGGAACGUGGAAGGGAACAAGAGGGAGAGGAGAGAGAAAGAGAGAUCAAUAGGAGUUAAAAAGAAAAAAGGGAGGCAGAGGAGGAUAGCGAGAGACUGAGAGAGAGGAGGAGAAGGAGGAGGAGACGGGGGGGCAGGGCCAGACUUUCCCAGUUGCCACUCCCCCGUCUUUAAACCUCCAGCUAACGGUGAAUCUCAGCAAUCUUCAACCCCAAAAUCAAGCUUCUUUAUGGGGGAGCGUCGCCGCGGAGCCUGCCCCCACCUGGAAGUCCAAACCCACAGUGAAAUUAACCAGAGCUGGACUCGAGGUCUGAACCAUGGACCCUCCCAUUACAAGUCUCCAUGAUGACCCUGAUAUUAAACUGAUGAUGGCCGGGUCGACUCUGCGGAAGGUGAAGUCGCGCUCAUGGAAGAGGCACAGACACUUCCGCCUCCUGGAGGACGGGCAGACCAUCUGGUACAAGUCCAGGUGGGCGGGUCGAGGGCACUCCACAUUCUCAAUUUCAGACCUGGAGGCGGUUCGUGAUGGGCACCAGUCGGAGCUGCUCCUCAGUCUCUCUGCAGAGUUCCCCUCAGAGCAGUGCUUCACUCUGGUGUUCCACGGGAGGCAGGGUACUCUGGACCUCGUGGCCGAGACCCCCGACGAGGCCAAGUCCUGGAUCCAAGGAGUCCGGAAACUCAUCCACAAGUCCCAGACCAUGGACGAGAAGGAGCGACUCGACCAAUGGGUGCGUGACUGGUUCACUAAAGCCGACAAAAACAGAGACGGACAGAUGACGUUUAAAGAAGCGAAGACUCUGCUCAAAAUGAUGAACGUGGAAAUGAACGAGGAGCACGCGCUGCACCUCUUCACCAUGUCGGAUAAGCUGGAGCGUGGUUAUCUGGACAUGGAGGAGUUUGUGCUCUUCUAUAAGCUCCUGACUCAGAGGGACGAGGUCUGGAAGGUCUUUCAGGAUUUCUCUGCUGACGGAGAGCGCCUCCUGCUGGAUGAACUGCAGAGCUUCCUCCGGGUGGAGCAGCAGGAGGCAGAGGAGCGAGCCAAAGACAUGAUUCUGCUGUACGAGCCCUCGGAGACAGCGCGUGAGCAGAUGUGCAUGUCUCUGGACGGGUUCCAGCUCUACCUGUGCUCUCCUCAUGGAUCUAUAUUUAACCCGGAUCACGUGGAGCUGCACCAAGACAUGAGCCUCCCUCUGAGCUACUACUUCAUCUCAUCCUCCCACAACACGUACCUGAUGGAGGACCAGCUCAGGGGCCACAGCAGCACCGAGGCGUACAUACAAGCUCUGAAGCGUGGCUGCCGCUGUGUGGAGCUGGACUGUUGGGAUGGGCCUGAUGGAGAGCCUAUAGUUUACCAUGGACACACCCUCACCUCCAAAAUCCUGUUCAGAGACGUCAUUUCUACCCUCAAGGAGUACGCUUUCAAGGCGUCUGAGUUCCCAGUGAUCCUGUCUCUGGAGAACCACUGUGGGGUGGAGCAGCAGAACGUCAUGGCCCGGCACCUGAAGUCCAUCCUGGGGGAGAGUCUGCAGAGCUCCCUGAUCACUGCGGAAGAACCAGAGCUGUUGCCAUCUCCACAGGAUCUGAAAGGUAAGAUUCUGCUGAAGGCGAAGAAGUUGGGAGGUUUGGAGCAGAGAUCAGACGAAGCCCUGACGGAUGAAGUGAGCGACGAAGAGGAGAACGGAGAGCUGGAGAGAGAGUCUGUGGAAGACCUGACGAAAGAAGAGAAUAUGAAUAAACAGAAGUCCAAAGUGUCCCGUGAGCUGUCCGACCUGGUGGUGUACUGCCGCAGCGUUCACUUCCACGGGUUCGAACACGCCAGCGCCCAGGGCAAGUGCACCGAGAUGUCCUCCUUCUCCGAGUCCAAGGUCAAGAAACUGGCCAAAGAAUCAGGUCCAGAGAUGGUUCGGUACAAUGUGAAACAGCUGACCAGAGUGUACCCCAGCGGACUCCGCACAGACUCCUCCAACUACAACCCCCAGGACAUGUGGGGCUGUGGUUGCCAGAUUGUGGCGUUGAACUUCCAGACUGCUGGUUUGGAGAUGGACCUAAACGAUGGCCUCUUUCGUCAGAACGGCAGCUGCGGUUUUGUGCUUAAGCCGGAGUUUAUGAGAAAAUCGGACUCAGAGUUCAGUCCAGACCGCCCCGAAUCCAGACCGGGAUACAGGCCCCUCCGGCUCUCCAUACAGGUGAUCAGUGGGCAGCAGUUUCCGAAGGUGAACCAGAAGGAAGGCUCCAUCGUGGAUCCUUUGGUCCGAGUGGAGAUCUACGGAGUCCCCAAAGACCAGAGCCGCGAGGAGACCAGCUACAUCCACAACAACGGUUUUAACCCCGUGUGGAACGAGACCCUGAACUUGGUGGUGCACUGCCCGGAGCUGGCCCUGGUCCGGUUUGUGGUGGAGGAUUAUGACAAAGCCUCCAGAAAUGACUUCAUCGGACAGUUCACUCUUCCCUUCACCAGCUUACAACCAGGUUAUCGUCACGUUCACCUCCUCUCCAGAGAUGGCACUCCGAUCCCUCCGGCUUCAGUCUUUGUAAAUGUUUCUAUUUCAGAGUACACAUGAACAAGACGAACGACGCAUGGAAAGUUUAUUUUACGUUAGUUUUACUCAUAUUUAAGACUGAAAAAUUUAUAGAUUUUACAUUGCAAAAAAACAAAAAACAAAACUGUAACCGAAAUGAAGUUAGGUGCUGUUAUUUUUCUGUUUUAGGAAU